UCGGCGUCGACACGGUGUAGCGUGUUUUUAAAAAUUAAGAUUCAAAAUGAGUACUAAUAAAUCAGAGGAAGCAAUUAAGGAAAAGAUUUUGAAUGUGGCUAAGAAAAAUCCUAAAGGUGUGUCAGAUAAAGAUAUCAAAGCCGCUGUGCCGGAGCUAUCCUCGGGGGAACUAGUGGCAGCGAUCAACUCGCUGUUGCAGCAAGGAUGUUUUGAUUUAUUCAAUCAAGGAGGGUCUCUAAUUUAUAGGUUAAAAACUCAAACUAGUAAAACAGCUGUUAAAGGUGCAGACAAUGAGGAGAAAGUGGUUUACAAUUUGAUAGAGGAAGCUGGCAAUAAGGGUAUAUGGAUUCGUGACAUCAGAGUUCGUUCUAACCUCGCCAAUACACAGCUCACUAAAGUUCUCAAAAGUCUUGAGAGCAAAAAAGUGAUUAAGGCAGUGAAAUGCGUAAACGCUUCAAAAAAGAAAGUGUACAUGUUGUAUAACUUAGAACCAGAUAGGUCUAUAUCUGGAGGAGCAUGGUAUCAGGAUCAAGAUUUUGAGUCGGAGUUUGUGGACAUACUGAAUCGUCAGUGCCUUAGAUUUUUGCAGCAAAGAGCUGACAAAAUAAAGAAUAAUGUCCGAGGACCCAUUGUAGGCAGAACUCAGUCUUACGCUACUGGUGCAGAAGUACACAAAUACAUAACUGACCUAGGAAUAAGUAAUGUCACCCUAGAUGUUGAAGAUGUCAUCACAAUUUUGAACACACUAGUAUAUGAUGGCAAGGCAGAGAGCAGUGUGUAUCCUGACGGCAGCAAGGUGUUUCGCGCCAUUGAGUCCCUAUUGCCACCCCCAGGGCUAGUGCAAGUGCCCUGUGGAGUAUGCCCUCUCAUACACAAGUGCUAUUCCAAAGGACUCAUCACCCCACAGGACUGUACUUAUAUGAAUGAAUGGCUAGAAUAAUAAAUAUAAAAAUAU